GAGGCGGCGGGCACCGCCGGGAUCCCGGAGGAGCAGGGGCUGUCGGCGGCGGACGAGUCCCUGGAGGAGAAGCUGCGGAGCCUCACCUUCAGGAAGCAGGUGUCCUACAGGAAAGCAAUCUCCAGGUCAGGCCUCCAGCACUUGGCUCCUGUGCAUUCCCUCAACAUUCCAGUCACCAAUGGACCUGUGAAGGAACCAAGAGCGGCCUUAGAGUGGACUGAAAAUGCUGUGAAUGGAGAGCAUCUAUGGCUAGAAACAAAUGUUUCUGGGGACCUCUGCUACCUAGGGGAGGAAAGCUGCCAAGUCAAAUUUUCAAAGUCAGCCCUGCGGAGGAAAUGUGCUGCCUGCAAGAUCGUGGUCCACAAUACGUGCAUGGAGCAGCUAGAGAAGAUUAAUUUUCGCUGCAAACCGACUUUCAGAGAAGGAGGCUCCAGAUCUCCAAGAGAAAACUUUGUGCGGCAUCACUGGGUGCACCGACGGAGGCAGGAGGGCAAAUGUAAGCAGUGUGGAAAGGGCUUUCAGCAGAAAUUCUCCUUCCAUAGUAAAGAGAUUGUGGCCAUCAGUUGUUCCUGGUGCAAACUGGCGUUUCAUAACAAAGUCACCUGUUUCAUGCUGCAUCACAUCGAGGAGCCAUGUUCCCUGGGGGCUCAUGCUGCUGUCAUUGUGCCUCCCACCUGGAUCAUUAAGGUGAAGAAACCUCAGGUGGUCUCCAUACCAGGAGACGAGCCUGAUUGGGCAGGAGACUGGAGCCCCGAAGGGGAAACGGGCGUCUCCUACCCCUAUUGGGAGGGUUGGCAGAACUCCUUAAAGACUUCAACAAGGCGAAAGAAGAGAACGUCCUUUAAAAGAAAAGCCAGCAAAAGAGGAAAUGAAGAUAACAAGGGCCGGCCUUUUGUGAUAAAGCCUAUCUCCUCUCCACUCAUGAAGCCACUGCUGGUUUUUGUCAAUCCAAAAAGUGGAGGGAAUCAGGGCACCAAGGUUCUCCAAAUGUUUAUGUGGUAUUUGAACCCACGCCAGGUGUUUGAUCUCUCUCAGGACGGGCCAAGAGAUGCGCUGGAGCUGUACAGAAAAGUGCCAAACCUGAGGAUCCUGGCAUGUGGUGGGGAUGGGACGGUGGGCUGGAUCCUGUCCAUCCUUGAUGAGUUGCAACUGAGCCCCCCACCUCCUGUGGCUGUCCUUCCACUUGGCACUGGGAACGACCUUGCCCGCACUCUCAACUGGGGUGGGGGUUACACAGACGAGCCUGUGUCUAAGAUCCUGUGCCAUGUAGAAGAUGGAACCAUUGUCCAGCUGGACCGCUGGAAUCUUCAGGUUGAGCGCAACCCUGAUUUGCCCCAGGAUGAGCUGGAGGAUGGGGCACGUAAGCUUCCCCUCAAUGUCUUCAAUAAUUACUUUAGUCUUGGAUUUGAUGCACAUGUUACGCUGGAGUUCCAUGAAUCCAGAGAAGCAAAUCCAGAGAAAUUCAACAGCCGAUUUAGAAAUAAAAUGUUUUAUGCAGGGGCAGCCUUUACAGACUUUCUGCAAAGAAGCUCAAGAGAUUUAUCCAAGCAUGUUAAAGUUGUGUGUGAUGGUACAGACCUGACUCCAAAGAUCCAGGAGCUGAAGUUCCAGUGUAUAGUGUUUUUAAACAUACCCAGGUAUUGUGCUGGCACAAUGCCCUGGGGGAACCCCGGGGACCACAGGGACUUUGAGCCCCAGCGUCACGACGAUGGCUACAUCGAAGUCAUUGGGUUCACUAUGGCCUCACUGGCUGCUCUGCAGGUGGGUGGCCAUGGAGAGAGGCUGCACCAGUGCCGGGAGGUGACGCUUUUGACAUACAAGUCAAUCCCCAUGCAAGUGGAUGGCGAACCCUGUCGGUUGGCUCCCUCCCUCAUCCGGAUCUCCCUGAGGAAUCAAGCCAACAUGGUGCAGAAAAGCAAGAGGAGAACGUCUAUGCCUUUGCUGAAUGAUAUCCAUAAAGUGCAGUCUGCUGACCUGAGGAGAGUCUCGGCUCCCCCUGAUUCCUUCACUGUUCCUCAUUCCAUCCCAGAUCGCCUGCGGAUCAGAGUGAACAGGAUUAAUUUACAAGAAUACGAGGGGCUACAUUAUGACAAGGAAAAACUCCGGGAAGCUUCCAUUCCCCUAGGAAUCAUAGUUGUACGAGGCGAUUGUGACUUGGAGACUUGUCGUAUGUACAUUGACCGUCUACAAGAGGACCUACAGUCAGUAACGUCUGCUACACAGAGAGUUCAUUACCAGGACCAGGAAAGCUCUUUCCCCAGAGUUCUUUCUGUUCAGAGGCUCUCUCCUAGAUGGUGCUUCCUAGAUGCAACUUCUGCUGAUCGUUUUUAUCGCAUCGACAGAUCUCAGGAGCAUUUGCACUUUGUGACGGAAAUUUCGCAGGAUGAGAUUUUUAUUCUGGACCCAGAGAUGGUAACCUCUCAGCAGGUGGGGACGCCACCAGGAAUGCCUGACCUGGUAGUGGAGCAGGCAGCUGGGAUAUCGGAUUGGUGGAACCCUGCAGUUCGGAAGAGGAUGCUGAGUGACAGCAGCCUUGGAAAGAUUUCCCCCCACUACGAGGUACCUGACAAACAAAAGGACGCCAGCCAGACACAUAUGCUGCAGUCACCAGUUUCUUCGGAAGAUCAAGCACUUUUACAGGCAGUCACAUCUGGUGAUCUACUGAAGUUCAUAGAAUGUUGUAAAAAAGGAGCCAAUUUGUUAAUCCAAGGCCCUGAUCACUGCUCCCUGUUGCACCAUGCUGCCAAGACUGGGAAUGGCGAGAUUGUGAAAUACAUCCUGGAGCAUGGUCCAUCUGAAUUACUGGACAUGGCAGACAGUGAAACGGGUGAGACAGCAUUACAUAAGGCAGCCUGCCAGCGCCACCGCGCCGUCUGCCAGCUCCUGGUGGAUGCGGGAGCCUCUCUGAGAAAGACAGACUCCAAGGGUAAGACCCCUCGUGACAGGGCUCAGCAAGCUGGUGAUCCAGAUCUGGCCUCCUACCUGGAGAGUCGACAAAACUAUCAAAUGGUUUCCCACGAGGAUCUAGAGACAGCAGUCUGAUGUCUGAAAAUAUCCAAGAGGAUCCCUGGAAAUCUCAAGACUGCAUCUGAAGCACU